AUGUCGGGACCUUUCAAUAUGAUGACUGCAAGGUCUGGGGGAAGAGGUAUUUCUCGCCGUGGUCGAGGUCGUGUUCAUGGUCAUGGACCAAAUGGUUAUUUCGGCGGUGGAAGAGGAACCGGACCGGCUCGGAGAGGUCCUCUUGCUGUGAAUGCUCGGGCUUCAUCAUUCACCAUUAACAAGGCAAGCUCAAAAUCUGAGGAUCUUCUAAUAACCUCGUCUAGGAGACAAUGGGUGCCUGUCCGUAGGAUCAGAAGCUUGCCAUGGCAGAGUGAUCUGUUUGAAGAUGGCCUAAGAGCUGCUGGUGUAUCCAGAGUUGAUGUUGAAACCAGGCUCCAUAUCACAAAUCUGGACCAUGGUGUGACAAAUGAAGAUAUAAGGGAACUAUUCUCUGAGAUCGGGGAGCUAAAACGUUACGCAAUUCAUUUUGACAAAAAUGGCCGUCCAAGUGGCACAGCUGAAGUGGUGUAUCCGAGAAGAAGCGAUGCAUUUCAAGCUCUGAAGAAAUACAACAAUGUAUUAUUGGACGGAAGGCCAAUGCGACUAGAGAUUCUGGGUGGCAACAACUCCGAGUCUGCUCCUUUAUCGGGUCGUGUGAAUGUGAAUGUCACUGGACUCAACGGAAGGCUGAAGAGAACUGUCGUUAUCCAACAAGUAGGAGGGGUGAGAGGUAGAGUUAGAGGAAGAGGAGGGAGAGUUUCAGCUCCUCCUGUUAAUCGCCUUCCCAUUCAAAACCGGCAAGGAGGGACGAGAGGAGGAAGAGGCGGGUUUCGUGGUAGAGGACGUGGCGGUGGUGGUGGUGGCCGUGGCCGUGGUGGUGGAAGAGGGAAUGGGAAGAAGCCGGUGGAGAAAUCUGCUGCUGAUCUUGAUAAGGAUCUUGAGAGCUAUCACGCAGAUGCCAUGAACACUUGA